AAAAUGAUGGAUCUUGAACUUCACCAUGUCGUAGCUAUGACGGCGUCAGCGAAAUGGCCACGCACAAGUCGAGGUCGAAAAUGAAGUCAAGGUCACGUUGUCUGCCAAGAGUAAAUACAGUAUAAAAGCGAAUGCUGAGAAAUUGGCCAGCAACAAAUUGAAUCGCAAGAUCAUGCAUAGUACAUUGCUCUCACUGCUUGCGCUGGCCAGCGGCAUUUGGAUGCAGUGCAGCAUGGCGGAGCCACAGAUCAAGGGACAGCAGCUGCCACAGUUCGACUUGACGCGUUUGUUUGGUGGCCGCAGCAGCGUGCCUCUGGUGACGCUGCUCGAUCGCAACCUGCCCGAGGUGCAGCAGAUGAUUGACCGCACGAAGAAGAGUUGCCUGCAGAAGCUGCGAAUGCCGGCUGUGCAGCGUUCGUUAAUCCGAGAACCGAAUCCCACCGAGCAGGAGAAAUGCCUGCUCGAGUGCGUCCUGAAGGGCAUCCAAAUUAUGGAUGACAGCACCAACAAGCUGAGUCUGCGCCGUGUCGAGCAGCUGACCAGCCUGGUCACCGAGGACAACAAGGUUGCCAUGGCACUGAGCAGCAGCCUCGCCCAAAGCUGCAAUCGAUCUGUCAGCACACAGAAGCCUUGCGAGGCGGCGCAUCAGCUGAACCAGUGCAUUGGCCGGCAAAUGGAGCGCAAUCGGGUCAAGCUGCACUGGUGAGCUCCACUGAGCUCUGGUG